AUGGAAAAACAAAUUCAGCCCUACCAUCCAAUAAUAAUAAAGACACAACAUCACAGUCAAAUCCAGAAAACCAAAGACUUGAACUGCAAUCGACACUACAAGAAUAAGGAAAGAAAGAGACGAUCAAGAAGAAUAAGAAGUCAAGGAGUCAUUGAGUUCGAAAGGGCAAAGGAUAGAGAAAGAAAAGGAGAAUCAAGGAAAAGAAGAAGUGAAACCAUUACACAAGAUAGAGAACAAAAUAAACAGCUAAAAAAGAGACGCAGAGAUGCAAGACACAUUGAAAAUAGGAAAAGAAAGAAGAUUGCAAUAGCAGGAAGAGAUAAAGAAUCCAUUAUAUCAAAUAAGGAAAGAAAGAAAACUGCAAAAGCAAGAAGAGAUAGGGAAACGUUUUCAUCUGACCAGAAAAAAGAUAAAGAAAGAAAGGAAAUUGCAAGAACUGGAAGAGAUGAAGAAUCCAUUAUACCUGAUCAAAAAAAAAAAGAUAAAGAAAGAAAGAAAACUGCAAGAGCAGGAAGAGAUGAAGAAUCCAUUAUACCUGAUCAAAAAAGAGAUAAAGAAAGAAAGAAAACCAUAAGAGCAGGAAGAGAUGAAGAAUCCAUUAUAUCUGACCAAAUAAAAGAUAAAGAAAGAAAGAAAACUGCAAGAGAAACAAGAGAAACUCAAGUCCAGGGGCUUCAGUUUGAUAUGUGUCUACAUCCAUCCAAUAUUGUUCAUACUGGUGUGGAGUCUUACAGUAUGGCCCCUGGAGAAGGAGAAAUUCCCGGCAAUGUUUUUGCGGAUGAAAUUUGUGAAGUACUAGCUUUUUCUGUUUGUUUUCCACAUGGAAAAUGA